AUGAUUGAAGAAAUUAUAGAAAAGGAGGGACCUGAGGAAGCAACUUCUUUUGCUGAUAAGAUGAUACUUCCUUCAUUGAAAUUCGUAGACCUUGAAUGUUUGCCUAAAUUUUCAAGUUUCUAUUCGGGAUCGAGUAAUUUGGAAUGUCCAUCAUUGAAAAAGUUGAGCAUAUAUGGAUGUCCAAGCAUGAAGAAUGUCUUUGGCACACUCGUGAGAUUACAUAGACCCAACACCAACGAUGAAGGGAGCGAGCAAAGGCUAGACAAUGAAGGGUUUGAUACUCCCCUUGCAACACCUUUUUGUCAUAAGAUGUUUCCCAAUUUGGAAGAGUUGUCUUUAGACAAGAGGUCUGCCUUGACUAUACUGCACUCUCAAUUUCCAACUGACUUCUUUUCCCAAGUGAAAGUUCUUCAAUUGCGUUUCUUUCCAAACAAAUCUCCUUUUCCUCUGUUUAGUUUACUUCCAAGAUUCCCCAAUCUCCAAAAUCUUGUAGUCCUUGAUUCUUCUCUCAAGCAGCUAUUUCCAUGUGAAGGAUUCGUCGGUGACCAAGAAGAUAUCACUGCAUUCCCACCGAUAAGGGCUUUAAAGCUUAAAAAUCUUGAUGAUUUGAAGCAUGUAUGGGAAUCCGACUGCCAACUGCAUAAUCCAUUAUUUCAGUCUCUUGAGACUCUUAAGAUAGAGUCUUGUGGAAACUUUAUUUUUUUAGCACCAUCCUCUGCGUCUUUCCGAAAUCUAAAAGCUCUGAAUGUACAUCAAUGCAACGCAUUGAUAAAUAUUGUUACAUCUUCCACAGCCAAAAGUAUGGUACAACUUGAGACAUUGACUGUAAAAUCCUGCAAUGUGUUGACCGAAAUAGUAGGAGGUGAUCAAGAGGAUGGAAUUGGAUCAACAGAUGAGAUUGUUUUCAGCAAAAUGAAAAGUUUACAUCUUGAAGAUUUACAGAGCCUCACAAGCUUCUGCUUGGGCAGUUACACUUUCAAAUUCCCAUCAUUAGAACAAUUAACUGUUCGUAAAUGCCCCAAGUUGAGGAUUUUCACUGCUGGAGUGUCAAGCACGCCAAAGUUAUGCGGUGUAUUGACAGGCUUUUACCAUUCAAAUUGGCGUUGGGAAGGCAAUCUCAAUGCCAACAUUGAACUGCUCCACAUGAAAUAUGUUGGAUUUGUAGGGAUAGAUGAUGUGCAGCUCUCCAACUUUCCUAUGCUGAAAGAAAAAUGGCAUGGCCAAUUUCCAUUCAGGAACUUGAAGCACUUACGAAAGUUAGUGGUGGACGAUUGUGCUUUUUUCUCAAAUGCCGUAUCCUCAAAUCUACUAAAGUACUUGUUCUUGUUAAAUAAGCCGGUUGUUGCAAAAAACAAAAAUGGGCUGGUUGUGGAAAGAUGCGAUUCUGUAGAAGAGCUGUUUGAUUUGGAAGGGCUAAAUGCUGACGAAGGGGAUGUUGGGUUAUUGAAGUAUUUAAAUGAAUUGAGGUUAAUUGAUUUGCCUAGAUUGAGGCAUGUGUGGAACGAUGAUCCUCAAGGAAUUUUGAGCUUUAAAAACCUAACGUUUUUGCAAGUUCAGAAUUGUAGCAGCUUGACUAAUAUAUUUACUCUGUCCAUGGCUUCGGGUCUUGUAAAUCUCCAACAUAUGGAAUUAAAAAGAUGUAGUUUGGUGGAACAUAUCAUCACAAAAGAAGCAGGCGAGGAAAUAGUGAAGGAUAAGAUCAUAUUUCCAUCAAUGAAGUCCAUAAGUCUCGAGAGUUUGCCUAACUUGUCAAGUUUUUAUUCUGCAAGGGAUUUUAUGAAAUGCCCAUCCUUGAAAAGAAUUGACAUGGUUGGCUGUCCAAACGUGGAAUUAUUGGCUUCAAAAUUUUGUGAGGAACAAGAUCUAAGCAUGAUUGCUGAGGGAAAUGAAGAAGGAAAUCGCAAUGGGGACUUUGUUAUUUCCAUUGCAGCCUCUUCUGGCGGGAAGGUUGCGAUCCCAAGUUUAGAAGAAUUGAGAGUGGAAUAUAACACCAUGAAGGAUAUGUGGACUCAAGCUGAUUUCUUGUGUGGACUGAAGGGCAUUGAGCUAACUUGUUUUUCCAAUGACUCCACACUUUUGCCAUCUUAUUUCUUUCAAGGUUUACCCAAUCUGGAGAAGCUUGUUCUGAGUGAUGCUUCUUUUGAAGAAAUCAUUUUUCAUGAAGAGAUUGUUAGCGAGGAAAUACUAGUAAAAUUCAAAGAACUAAAGCUGUCUGAACUGCCAAGGCUCAAGCAUCUGAUGGACGCCAAACUACUCACAGUUUUUCAAUAUCUGGAGACUUUAGAAAUAUUUGAAUGUGGCAGACUGGAAAUUUUAGUGCCAUCCUCAGUUUCCUUCCAAAAUCUCACAACACUGGAGGUGUCAAUUUGCCAAGGUCUAGUAAAUCCAAUAUCUUCCUCAACAGCGAGAAGUCUUGAACGACUUAGAAAAAUGAAGAUAGAGUAUUGUGAACUGAUCCAAGAAAUUAUAGUGACUGAAGCAGAUAAAGAUGAAGAAGAGGAGAUUUGCUUCGGUCAACUAAAAUGUUUGGAACUUCAACAUCUACCAAGCCUCUCUAGCUUCUGCUCUGGUAAUUCUACCUUCAGGUUCCCAUCUUUGGAAGAAGUGAUCAUUAUAGAAUGCCCCAAUAUGAAGAUCUUUGCGCAACAAGUCUUGAGCACGCCAAAGCUAUGGAGAGUUCAAACAGGAGAACCUAAAUACACAAGGGAAUGGGAAUGGAAACGCUUCUCAGAUAAAAAAUAUAUAUGUGAAUGGGAAUGGGAAGGCAGCCUUAAUAACACCAUUGAAGCAUUAUUUAAGGAAAUGAAGGCUGAAGAGACAGGGAUAGGCCAGUGUUCAUAUGCAAAAGCUUGAAUAAGGCUGAUGUUCUAUGUGAUUUGUGACGCUAAUUAAUUCAUAUUUUUCCAGUUGAAGGUAGAUGAUUAUGCUCUCAAUCUACAUGGAUGGUUGCCCCAGUGAGUGAAAUAUCUUUCGAAAAGGCUUGCUUGGAUGGCUUUCACAGGAAGUACAAUCAGAAAGUCAAAUGGCUGAGAGAACUACUACGCAGGAAUAUUAUGUAGAGGAUACCCAUACAAGUCAAACUCAUUUUCAGCUGGUCAAAAUUGGAGGAUGCUUAUUUAGGACACGAGUGAUGGAUGCCAAGUACACCAAAAGUGAACAAGUUUAUCCAUAUAAGAGAGUAGAUUUAAAAUGCUCGAUCAAUGCUUGGUCCAUGAAUAUUCAAUGUCCUUACAUGGAAUAUUCAAGCAAAUCUCCAUUGAUUUUUGCAAGGUGUUUGCUGUGGAUCGAGAUCAAUCUAUGGGCUAGCAGGAAAUGGAUGGCCUGAGUACAAUGUGGGUUAUACUAUAAGAAUUAGAAGAGCUGGAAGGAUGAAAGAAGAUUAUAGGAAACAUGAUGGAAGGCUCUGAAGAAGGGACUCGUAGCAGCAUAGUAAAAUGGAGGAAUAUUAGGAUGAAGAUCACCUUCAUAGUCAUUGAUCUCUUAUUUUAGUUAUUCUUUUUCACGUAGAUAACACAUAUUUGUUUCCUUGUGUAUCUUUAUAUUGUACUAUCUUUAUAUUUUACAAUCUGCUCAUAUACAUGUUUUACCAUCUCUUGUACAACAAUACAAGCAAUACAAUAUCACAUAUUUUACAUGGAAUUAGAGCCAUCUUCAAAAUCA